AUGCUGAUGUCAGGGAUUGGCGCAUUCUGCAGCCAGUCUACCGUUAGAUCAUGCAGUAGGCCUAUCGAAAUCCUGCUAUUUGCAGAUUUGGCUGACUGGGCGUCUACUUCCCCUCAAAUAAUGGACAUUGACAUUAGAGGCGGUAGUGAGCCGUGUCCACUUUCGAACAAAGAAAUGAGCAAUUUCCCUCUUCAUCGCCUUCAUCUCUGGUACUGCCUAUGGAAAUUGUGAUUGAAUAAUGGCAAAUCGCACAGUGAAAGAUGCGAAAUCUAUCAGAGGUACAAAUCCUCAGUAUUUAGUAGAAAAGAUAAUCAGAUCCCGGGUGUAUGAUUCUAAAUAUUGGAAGGAAGAAUGUUUCGCUUUAACAGCCGAGCUUUUAGUCGACAAAGCCAUGGAAUUGAGGUACAUAGGCGGUGUGUUCGGCGGGAAUGUGAAACCAACACCCUUCCUUUGCCUAAUAUUAAAAAUGCUGCAAAUUCAACCUGAGAAAGACAUCAUAGUGGAGUUUAUAAAAAACGAGGAGUUCAAAUACGUUCGUGCGUUGGGUGCACUGUAUAUGAGGCUAACAGGAUCCUCUUUAGAUUGUUAUAAAUAUUUGGAGCCUCUGUUCAAUGACAACAGAAAAUUGAGAAGGCAGAGUAAACAAGGCAAGUUCGAAUUAAUUCACAUGGAUGAAUUCAUAGAUGAUCUCCUAAGGGAGGAGAGGUGUUGUGAUGUAAUUUUGCCGAGAAUACAAAAGAGGCAUGUUCUUGAAGAAAAUAAUGAAUUGGAAGCGAAAGUCUCUGCAUUGGAAGAUGACAUGGAUGAAGGAAUAGAAUCUUCAGAAGAUGAAGAUAUACCUCCCGUUAAAGAGGACACUCGAAAGAGAACUGAUGAUCACGAGAGAGAAAGGGACCGACACAGAGACAGGGACAAAAGGCAUUCGCGUUCCGAUAAGAAAUCGGAUAGAGAGAAACAGAGGUCGAGAAGCAGGGACAGGGAUAGGGACAGACGCGAACGGAAACGGAGUAAAUCGCCGAAGAGUUAUUCCUCCUCACACAAGGAAAAGGACAGAGAUAAGGAUCGGUAUAGGAGAGACGACAGGGAUAGGGAAAGAGAACGAGAUCGCGAUCGGAGACGAGAACGUGACAGAACUAGGCAUUAAAUUUUGCACUCAACACGAUGCAACUAUCGAAUAAAGAGAAUAAGGAAAACGACACAAUGAACUUAUCUGUUAUUACUAGACUGCAGAUUUUGUACAAAAUAAAAUAUUUAGGAUACUAUUUUAAGAAACGUAUUUUAAAGUUGUAGACUCUGAAGCGGUACGAUACAUCAGAAUGUCAAUGUUACGUCACGUGGUUAUCUUAACAUAAUAAUUUCUUUUAUCAUUUACAUAUUGCAAUAUGUAUUUUGUUUUUGAUAUCUCCUACAUUAUUAUGUGUAUAUUACUAUUCUAUUUUUGCACAUUCAGUUUUCUUACAAAUGCAUAAAAUCUGCAGUCUAUUUAUCACGUGAAUUGUAAUUAACAGCAACUGCAUUAAAAUUUGGAAAUAGUUUUGUAUUAAAAUUAUAGUACUCAUCGACAAAAAUGCUACACAGUAGCUUAUAAUACCCGUACAUUACAUGUAGUGACAAUCUUUGUUCUGUUUUGUUAUAACAUAUUACAUUAGUCGUUUAAUCUGGAAUUAUACUUUAUUCCUCCCGGUUUAACGAACUUACGAUUAUUUACAAAAUUUCGCAGAAAAUUUAUCACUGCCUUUACCAAUAGUUUCAACGAUUUAACAUGUUGGUUAAGUGAUAUAAAACGAUAUCGCGCUCCCGAGUAAUCUCUCGUUAACGAUACAAUGAUAAAUUUUCUCGAGCACCACGUAAUAAAAUAAAUUGAGAAUGUCAUAGCCUGUCUAGAAUUGUAAUCCUCACGAUUAUAUCUUUAAAUAUGUACAUUUUCACGUAAAGUGACUCUUAUUGACAUUCGGACACAUUUCAAAAUGCAAUAACUUUUUUUAUAUUAAACGAAACAAAUAAAUCUUCUGUAAGACGUU